GUUUGCUCGCAGUUUCAACAGUGGUCUUCUCACCAACACCAAGUAAACGGGAAUAAGCAACGACGGUUUUAAGUCUGCGUUAGUCACCCGUUUCAAAAUCACUUAUAAAUAAUUACUCUAAAAGUCAACAAUUAAAACCAUUAAAUCAUCAACCUGUUAAUAAUAUUUUAAACAAAUAACAGUCGUGUAUUGAAGGUUAAUAGUACCUACCAGUGGCUUCGUGACGCGACCUAUUAUAAAACGCAGAAUGGCGUCAGAUAGAAUAUUAAGUUUAAUAAUUUUUAAAUAAUCCAUUUAUUGGAGUAUCAAAUAACAGUGAGUGACGGACAUUAUAGUUGUUUGGUCACCAGUAAAUAUUUAAAACAAAUAACAAUUAAAAAUCGGUUAUAGAUAAAACUUAAUAUUAAAUAUGUGAUGGUGUAAGUAACUUAUUACGUUGGUAUCUUACAUUGCGGGAAAUAUAGGCUGACAUUUUGGCGCGCGUUUUUUAGUUUUACAGAGCCCAACAGAUGGCAAUACCCGGUACACGUACAUCAUUCACAAAUAUAACGACUGUCACGACGUAUAAAUGUAUACCUACACAUUUAAAGACUAGUAUACUUUUAGAGGUAUCUAGUUGUAUUGUAAAACUGGCUUCUGUAUUCUUUACACCCCGAGUAUCCUAAAACAUAAGUGGAAAUCUUAAAGUAGUAUUACCCUGUUUUCCUCUUUUUUUAUAAUUAUUUUAAUAAUACAAAAAUUGUUAUUAUUAUAAAACAAAUCAAUUUCAGGAGCCGGUCUCACCUAAAAAUUUUAAUAUGGAGACAAAUUUGCGGUUAGCACAAUGACCUGCUAUAAAAGGUUAUUUUAAUGAUAUAACAGUGCCGGUCUCGGCUUGUUAUCGUAUAAAUCGUACCUACGGACGGCGCUUGUACGAGAAAACGAGAAUAGGAGUGCUCUUGUGUGUUUCCGUCGACACAGAAAAUGGACACCGUAGCGCAGUAGAGAACUUAUUUUAAUAACUAUAAAGAGAAAGAGGUCAAAGACCGAAACAGUUUGAUGGAUAUGGCUCUUAUUACGAGACUUUAACACGCUGCUGUUGUGCCAACCAACGACGAUACCCCCGGAAGAGUGUGUGUGGCUAAACGUCUCAAAAUACUGCACGUCUUUGGUCAGAUUCUAAAUUAUCAAGAUGCCACGUGUAAGAAGACAAGUGAUCCUGGAAGAUCCUUCCAGGCCGGUUACACCUGACAUGGCACAAACUAAAUUAAUAAAAUCAGAAUUUAUCGAUGGCAAUUCUUUGGACGAACUUCAACCACAAAAAAUAGCAGAGGAAACUCCUAGUCCCCAUUUACAAGACCAUCAGUAUGGACAGACUCCUUGCUAUCAAGUCACAAGAAGACCUACACAGCCUUUACCUCGACCUGAACAAAUGUCAGUGCAAGCUGUAAAAAGAAGAUUAAAUUUGGAAGUAGCAUCAACUGCAUCCAGUCAAUCAGCUUUCAAAGCUCCUCGAGUUAAAAGACGGAGAUCAGGAUCUAAUUCAUUCUCAAAUCAUACCCCCUCAAAAAGUAAAAAUUUGGAAAGAACAAGAUAUGACACGUCGUUAAGUUUACUAACUAAAAAAUUUAUAAAUUUAGUGGAGAAUAGUAAUGACGGCGUAGUAGAUUUAAAUGUCGCAUCCGAAAAAUUAGGAGUACAAAAACGAAGAAUAUACGAUAUUACAAAUGUAUUAGAAGGUAUAGGUAUAUUGGAGAAAAAAAGUAAAAAUAAUAUUCAAUGGAAAGGUGGGCAGUUGCCGGGUGAGAGAAAUAAUAUUCUUGAGCUAAGGCAAGAAGUGACUGAUUUAGAAGCUAAGGAAAAUGCUUUAGAUCGUUUAAUCCUCGGUGCUGAAGAAAGUUUAAGAGAACUGUGUGCUGAUAGACGAUACGCUUACGUUACUUAUCACGACUUACGCUCAGUGCCGGCAUAUCGCGAUCAAGCAAUAAUGGCAGUAAAAGCACCACCGGAAGCUACACUACACGUACCACAACCCACAAGUAAUUGUGGGCAACCCAAACUACAAAUUCACAUGAGGUCGUCACAUGGUGAAAUCGAAGUAUUCUUAUGUCCUGAUGAUUCCACAGUGAAAAAUCAAACCACAACGACAUCAUCACAAUUACAACAAUCUACAUCAGUUUUAUCGAAGUCUAAAAAUCCAUCUCAAUUACCAUCUGAACUUUUGGUUACCCAAGAACAACAAACACAUCGGAUAGAACCUCGAAUGAAAAUUAAAACAGAGUAUCCGUGUGCAAUAAAACGUGAAAUUGAAACGAUUUCAGCAGCAUCGGGUAUGAGAGAUGCUAUGUUGGGUGAGACUGAUGAUUUUGAACCCAUGGGUGGUGGAAAAUAUCAACUACAAACGGAAGAUCAAAUGUCGUCAGAUAUGAGUAUUCUUGAUUUCGGAGAAUCGCUUAUGUCGUUGGAGCCGCCGCUUUCCGAAAACGAUUAUUCAUUUUCAUUAGCUUCUGGCGAAGGUCUGUCCGAUCUCUUCGACUUUCCUUUUUAGAACAAUUAUUUACUGGACAACUGAUUACUUUUUGAGCAGAAAUUUAUUUUUAUGUAUCUUUCAUUAAACUCUAAACUGUGAGUUCGUUUCCCUUGUUAGUUGAGUAUCUGAUUACAGUCCAAUAUAAAUGCAUGUAGUAAACAAAAGGAAUGAAAAUUAUAUUAUUCUACUCAAGUACAACAAGAGAAUAUUGUGGAUACCAGUGAUCAAAUUAUAAAUCUCGCUUUCAACUUUCAAUUGUACGCAGUCAUCAUCAAUUGAUUAGUAAAUAGUAAAUUAUGCAAUAUACAGUUAAUUUUAUUUAUUAAUAUGUUAUAAUAUUUAAUAUUAAAAUUAUAAUGUACAGAUAACAUAUCACAUAUUUAACUCAAUGCACUUGGAAAAUAACAAAUAAUAUAUAUUGAUUACGUGAUGUAAUAAACUACAAUACUUACACAUGCAAGUUAUCUUUUAUAUGUAAAUGGUGAACAUAUAUGCAAAGAGAAUCCGUAAAAGUUAUUUUUUGGCAGCAUAUUUGAGUUUAUUAUUUUGAUGUGGUUUGUUAAAAUAAUUACUGAUCAAUAAAUUAUAAUAAUUUAAUUUGAAAGAAGAGAGCGAGUAGAGGAAGUUUGUUUUGUAUAAUAUUAGGAAUUUAUUAAUUCGUGCAAUGACUUUCAUUUAUUUGUAAAAAUUUUGAUCAAUGUACGUAUCAAAGUGGGAGCGAACUCAAGUCAUGUGAAUCAGAGAAUGACAAAACCACAUUAAAAAAAAUAUAUAUAUGUAUACAUAUACCUUGAAUUUAUGAUUUUAAAUCUUAUAUUAUAAUUUUCUAUAAUAAAAAUAUGGAAAAAAAAGAUGUAAUAUUUGUUUAAAAAGAUAGUUAAGUCAGAAUAUAAAUGUCAUUCUGUAAAAGGGGUUUUCGAAGAAAUAAUCACUUACAAGUGGCCAAAUAUAAUAUCAAAUUAAAAAAUUUUAGUUUUUAAACAUAUUUCCUCUUCGCAAGCUCCUUGAGGAUGUACUCUAAUUAUCUUUACAUCUUUAGUGUACGUCCAAAGCCAUAGUGCCUGUAUCAGUGAAGACACUUUUUGCACUUGUAAAUAUUAAACAUAUAUAAGAGAGUACGUAAGUGAAAAAGAGGAUGAAGAAACGAUUUUUUAAAGCAAAUAAAAAAUUUUAAAAAUAUAAAAACAUUGAUAUAAAGUAAAAAAAUGCGAAAUUGACUUCGAUUAUAGUCAUUAAAUUUGCAAUGGUUUUUUUUUUUGUUUUUUAAUUAUAUAUCAUCAGUUUCUCUAAUCAAGAGAAUAUUAAUUUAUAUAUAAGUGUAUAUAUGUUUGCACUUAUUAUCUGAUGUCGUGUGUAAGGGUGCAGUGAAAAAGAGAAACAGAGAGCGAGCGAGAAAGAGAGAGAGAAAGAUUUUCAUUCAUCUCACAUUUGUACAGAACAAAAAAAUGUUAUUAACAAUCGUGAAUGGUAUUUUUUAUCAAAAAGAUUUUAAAUACUUCGCAAUAAUUCACGGUUUUUACAUCUUUUUUCAUUAAAAUUGUUAUAUAUAAAUAAUUAAUGUUCAUAGUGAAAUAUUCGCAUUGCAUUACAUUAUUAUUUGUCUUUAACACAUAUAGUUGUGUGUGAUUCAUUUCCUUAAUUAGUAAUGUUAAAUUAAAUGAUUAUUUAACUGAGAAAAAAUAAACAUUUUUUUGUUUUAUUUUUUUUUUAUUUAGAUAAUUCUUGUUAAAAAUAUAUGUAUAAUUUUUUUUUACUCGAAUAUAAAAAUGCAAUUUAAUCGUAUAAAUUAAUGAAGAUAGAUGUUUUUCAAUGAAAUAUUAUCUCUAGAAGGUAAUCAUUUUUUUUUUAUCGUCACAAGUUGUGUUUCAACAGUCAAAAGAUUUUUAAUUUUUUCAUCGUCACUAAAUUUCAUAAAGAAUCUUUUUUAUCGUAAAAUUAAAACAAAAAAAAAAAAGAAAUAAUAUAAAAUAAAAAAAAAACCACUACUAUUUUAAACGGUAGUAUUAAUUUUAUAGUUAGAUUUAUAUUCGAUAGACUGUUGAGAUUACAUUGUGCAAUGUAACAAGUGAGAGGAGGUAGAUUUUAAACUUAAGAGAACACAAAUUGAAUUACAAUUCCUAUUUAAUUAAUAAAUAAAAAAUAAAAUUAAUGUGUAUAAUUCAA